GUCCGUGCGGGCCGACGGCUACCAAUCUAUCUCUACCGCGUCACCCAUAUGGUGCUCGCUGCUCACCGCGACAAGGUGAGGUUCACAGUCUUCCCUGUUUUUUGAGCAUCACAGUAUUGGCUUCACCGGAUGAUGUACUAUGACCCGUCUCGAUCAGCCAAGCUGCCCGCACUCUCUGCACUCAUUCCCUCUCCGGCAUCAUCAUCUUCGUCGCCUGGUCCCACGUCGCAGCGACCGUUGAAAAGACAGCACCUGGAGGUCUCUACCGACUCUGGCUCUCUCUCCACCGACACCCACAACUCAUCAGGAUCUUCGACCUCUGUGCACUGGCUGCAGGAUACUCUGCAGUAUCAUCUCGACUAUCUUGGUCUGUUGAAGGACAGAGUGAGCGGAUGGACCACCCUUCGCGAUUGGCUCCUCAGCCGCACGCUGGACAGUGAUGACGACCAGAAGUUCCAGCUCGGGACCUUAGCACCUGUUUCGUACUUUGGAGAGCUCUUCGAAUUCGACCAGCUUCACACAGGGCCAUGGGUCUCGUCGCCAUCAGCUUCUGGCUCCUCACGUCCAACGGGUCUAUCCAAGCGAGACAAAGGGGGCUUCAGGGGCUUUCAGAUGCUCGUCGUCAAGCCGGAGCGCUCAGAAAGCAAGCGAGUGCCUCCGAUCGAAGGAGUGCACCACUACGCUACGCAGUCGCUGCAGGCUAGCUUUCAUCUGGUCCUACUGUCCCUUCCUCGUAUGUGGCACAAGAUCCAACUCGAAGGAGGAUUCGCAACCGUCUCGCUCCUAGCUUAUGACGAGGUCUACAGCCAUUACGAAUACCUCGGCCCCCUAUAUUCCUCUCCGACGCCAGCGGACCCCAAAGACGAUCACACAAUGGCUCUUUUGACCUUGGCCCUCUCGCACAAUGCGCCUGGCAAGAACAGCAUGCUUUGGACCAAGAAGGAGGGCAAAGAUGCCCAGCAGGACAAGCGAUAUCCCGUCCCGUUGGUACUCAAGAGGAAAACGGGCAAAGAGAGCGUGGAAAGGACCUUUCGUCUGUUAGUUGCGCUGCACGCGCCUCACGAUGGAUCUGUUCUGCUCGACGCCAACGCACAUCACUGCAUCACCCUCACCAAUUCCUUCCGUUGGUCUGGUUGGAACCGUCGGAAGGGGCAAGAAGAGGCCAAGACCGGCGAGGACCUGUCGAAACCUGUCGGAGGCAGUGUCGAAGAGGUCUCCGUCGCCAAGACGGAACCCACUCAAGUGAAUGGGCCGGAAGCAAGUAAGGAAGAGAGCACAAGGAAGGGUAGUUCAGCUCAGGCAUGGAACAUGGACGACCUAGCAGCGAUACUAUCAUCGAUGAAAGAAGAGGAGCUACAACGGCUUGUAGAGCGGCGGAGACUUGACAACGAAAGUCGCUAUAUGCUCUACGGUGUUCGUUCACCACUACAGCCUUCGGAAAUGCCAAAUGCAGUCCCACUCUCUUACUUUCGUCCAGGUACCGAUGCGCCUCAGCUCGUACACGAGCAGUGGCACGCCCGUAUCAGAUCCGUGGCACGGUUCAUCGGUCGCCUACACGCCAAUCCCCUCGUCUGGCUCGAUGAGGCCUCUUCGCGCCUCCAGAAUUCCAAUAUGUCCGGCUGCUUCCACCGCUUCAACGAUGUCGUCGCUUCGGGCUACCAAGAGACGCUGGGGUGGCUAGACGACCUGAUGAGUCGGGGACUGAUCCCUCCUGGUCCGGCGAUUGGGCCAACCAAGGUGCGCAUGGAGCAGGCGAGAGCCGUCAUGGGACUCGCGGAAUUUAGGUCAAGGAGAGUAUUCUCUCUGCGGGACAUCUCUCCCGAUAGCAUCAUCGUUGACAAGGAUGAUGCCGACGGCAUACACUUCCUCUCAUCCGAGCCACUCGAAGAAUGCAUCCACAAGGAGGACCGCAUGGUCCUCCUCGCCAGACUCGCACACACUGCACGCAUCCCACCAGCCCUAGUGCAUACCCUCCUUCUUCAGCCGUACCGCUCCACCUUCGACCCUGCGAAUCCUGAGGUACCAGAAGAAGAGGUGCGCAGGUUCGACUGGAUUCUGCAUACCAUGUUCCUCGAUUUCCACUUCUUCUUCAUCUUCUACAGGAACGCCGACGCGGUAAAGAGAUUCAGGGAGGCGCUACUGCAGCAGGACGCAAUGCUGCAGGCCAAAUACGGAGAGUACUGGAGCAGAGGUAUUGUCAGUCAAUGGUGAACGCAGACAGCAUUAUAAUGAUGGUAUCUAAAUUGAUUCAGCUGCAGCUUCAGCCAGCAGAGGCUGGGGAGCGAGCUUGCUUA